CAUGGACCUCUACUGUGGCAUCACCGUUCCAGAGCAUGCUAGUUCCUCACAUCUCGGCCUCCUUCGAACCACUCUGUUCGACCAAAGGAUUGCGAACGAUCUCCAGAACCGGCUAUUCAGAUAUGAGUUCUCUCCCUUGAACGAGGUCAUCGGAAGUCUCAUACCAGGAGCGCUGUUGUUCGAGCGGAAACGAGACGGAGGCCAGUGUAAACGUUAUAUUGUUCCGCCGCGCUCGAUACAACAUUGGUUCGUCGGCGCUCUGCCCCCG